AUGGAUGAAGCUGAGUGUAAGGCAGAAUUUCCUGUUCAAAAAAAUGAUCUCCACAGGCUUGCCAACGCCUUGCAAAUUCCAGGAACAUUGAAAUGCUACCAAGGAACCGUAUGCGAUGGAAUGGAGGGACUAUGCAUGCUGUUGAGACGACUGUCAUACCCUUGUCGUUUCAAUGAUAUGAUUUCGCGUUUUGGAAGACCUGUUCCUGAGCUAUGUAUGAUAACAAAUCCAGUGAUGGAUUUUAUCUACGUCACCCAUGGCCACCGCAUCACUCAGUGGAAUCCUGCUAUGCUAAAUCCUGGAUUUCUUAAACAGUACGCUGCUGCCAUCGCAGGUAAAGGUGGCGCGCCCAAGACAACUGCUUUGGUUUUGUUGAUGGCACGGUGCGUCCUAUCUCCAAACCGGGUGAGCAGCAGAGGAUUGUAUAUAAUGGGCAUAGAAGGGUCCACGCCUUGA